AUGGAAGGCAACUUCUUCAGAUUUGAUGCUCAACGAGCUCAUGGUGAUGGAUUUGUACUGACACAAAAACCAAAUCUCGUCACGGUCCCAACAGAAGCUAACUCUAACGAAAGUGGCUGUUUCGAUUGCAACAUCUGUCUAGAAACGGCUCAUGAUCCGGUCGUCACUCUCUGUGGACAUCUCUUCUGCUGGCCUUGCAUUUACAGAUGGUUAGAUGUGCAAAAAUCAUCUUCUGUCUCCAUUAUUCAACAGCAAAACUGCCCUGUCUGCAAAUCCAACAUCUCCAUCGGUUCAUUAGUUCCUCUUUACGGAAGAGGCAUGUCUUCUUCAUCUUCUUCAGAAACUAUGAUAAUACCCCAAAGACCCACUUCAUCCCCUUUGAACAAUCUGGUCAAUUCGGCUUCGUCUCUCAACCCGAGCUUGCAACAUCGCCAUCAAGCUCAGUCGCCUCGUCAGUACGGAGGCUUCACUGCAACGGAAUCAUCAAGUGAUCUCGCCAAUGCAGUCAUGAUGAGUUUCUUGUACCCGGUUAUUGGAAUGUUCGGGGACAUGGUCUACACGAGGAUAUUUGGAACAUUUACAAACACUCUGGCUUGUCCUUACCAAAACACCCGUGGGAACAACAACCAUAGGAUGAUGCAACUAGAGAAAUCUCUGCAUCGGGUAUCGAUCUUCUUCCUUUGCUGCAUUCUCCUAUGCCUCUUUUUGUUCUGA